CAGAGCUGUCAGCUUGAUGAGAUGAUCGGAGCAAUGUCGGAACCCGGAGAUUUUGUGUUGUUUUCAUGACAAAUUGUGAUUUUUCGGGCUCUUUAGUGGAUUUUCCGCCUUGUGGCCCGAGAGGCGAAGUGUACGUUCGUCUUGGAUUUAAUUUCAGUGUUGCCCGGCGUUGAACGGAAUCGUUUAUGGUGUGAUUUGGAUCAUAUUUAGGCGAAUUUUCGUCCAUUUUUGUCCACAACAUGGGGUGCUUCAAAGGGAAAUCGGGUGACGAAGAAGAACGAAUGCGAAAAGAAACGAAUAAAAAGAUCGAACGACAGUUGCAAAAGGAUAAACAAACUUACAGAGCAACGCACCGAUUGUUGUUGUUAGGUGCCGGGGAAUCAGGGAAAUCAACGAUUGUGAAGCAAAUGAGAAUUCUUCACGUCAAUGGCUUUAGUCCAGAGGAAAGAAAGCAAAAAAUUGAGGACAUCAAGAGAAAUGUCAGAGAUGCUAUAUUGACGAUCACAGGUGCCAUGACCGUAUUAAAUCCGCCAGUGCCCCUGGAAAACUCAGACCAUCAGUUUAGGGUGGACUUCAUACAAAAUGAAACCACAAGUCCAGACUUCGCCUACCCACUAGAGUUCUAUGAACACACAGAGAUCCUGUGGAAGGACAAGGGAGUGCAGAACUGCUAUGAACGUUCCAAUGAGUACCAGCUCAUAGACUGUGCCCAAUAUUUUUUAGACCGAGUACAUAUAGUGAAACAGCCCGACUACACCCCGACAGAGCAGGAUAUAUUGCGGUGUCGAGUGCUGACUUCAGGAAUUUUUGAAACUAAGUUUACAGUUGAUAAAGUAAAUUUUCAUAUGUUUGACGUGGGCGGUCAGAGAGAUGAGAGGCGGAAGUGGAUUCAGUGCUUUAACGACGUGACGGCGAUCAUCUUCGUUACGGCGUGUAGUAGUUACAAUCUUGUGCUACGAGAAGAUCCUUCACAAAAUAGGCUUAGAGAAUCAUUGGAGCUAUUUAAAAGUAUUUGGAACAACCGGUGGUUGCGGACGAUAUCUGUUAUAUUAUUUUUAAACAAACAAGAUCUUCUAGCAGAAAAAGUGAAGUCCGGAAAGUCCAAAAUAGAGGAAUACUUCCCGGACUUUAAACGUUACCAAAUUCCCAGCGAAGUCCAGCUUGAGCCGGGGGAUGAUCCGGAGGUUGUUAGGGCAAAAUAUUUCAUUAGGGACGAGUUCUUGCGGAUCAGCACAGCGAGCGGAGAUGGCCGCCACUACUGCUACCCCCAUUUUACGUGUGCUGUGGAUACAGAGAACAUUCGCCGAGUGUUCAACGAUUGUCGUGAUAUUAUACAGAGGAUGCACCUUAGACAGUAUGAACUACUGUGAUGCCGCCCGUUCCGGGACAACGCCGGGUAUCACGCGAAUAUGUGAAUCUGCCUCUACUUGGUUUUCUCUGUUUUUGAGGAAAUUAGAAAAUAUCUAGAAAUUGUGACGUUGUUGAAAUUGAAAUUCACUCGUGUGUGGCUAUUGGUGUGAUGUACGCUGGAGUUGAAAGGAAACGAUGGGGAGUGAUGCAUUUCAUUUGUAUUUACAUCAUUGUAUAGUGUAUAAACACGGAUUUUAUUUGUGCUGUGUGGUAAAGAGCACCUCAGUUGUGUGUAACGGGCUGUCACCAUUACAUCUGUCCAUCUGUCUGUGAAGUAUUUCGAGUUUCUGGGGUGAUUAUCCAUUCUCUGAAGAGCCACUCUGUUCAUCGUUUCAAGUGUAAGCAGUUGUCGUUACUGUUAGCAGUUAUCACCAACUGUUUUUUCUCUUCAUAAGUCAUUAGAGUUGUCGUCAUGGAUUAUUAAUAUACAAAAGCUUGUGCAUUAAAACUACAAUCAUAACUUAUAUAUAUGUAAGUAACACCACUAUUUGCAAAAACCAGAUUGUGCUAACUUCAAUGUCUGUAUAUUGUUGAGAAAUGUAUCGAUGUGGAUAUUUAUACACGCUGAUCAACACGUAAAGGGGACUAACCAGUGGAAGCUUUAAACAUGAACCACUGAUGGGCACAGCAGCUAAGUUGAAGGAUUAAAACAGCAUAUCAGGUGUUUUAUUGCUGUCGGUAGAAAUACAAUUGAAAAGACUCAACAAGUACAUAAAAUCCUGGAGGGCUUGUGGCGAUAAAUGCUGGAAGGAAUUGUUGAACUUGAAGCAGUGUUUUAUCACACAACACAUGACUUAUAUAUGUGAUAGUUUCUUUUUUGUAUAAAGCUUGUAAGGAUACAAUGUUCUGUUGUGUGUGGUAGAGUGAUCUAUUGUUUUUGUAUACAAGGCAUAUGCUUGCAACAUGUAUUUUAAAGAAAAAAACAACAGGUUUUAAAUGUUUUGUUUGUUAAACUAUAUACAUAUUAUAUAAUUAUAUAAGUAUAUAUAUUUCAUUUAUGGUAUUGUUAAUUUAUAGUUUGCAGUGAAGUACAUAAGCAUGUCCAGUAUGCAUAAAAAAGCAAUUACAACCAGAUGAUCACACUCAAAUCAACUCAAUGAAGCCUCUGGCUACAAUUAACAAGACUCCGAGCGGCCCUCAUUAAUUUUCAUUAUCAAGCAGUGGAAGGAGUGUGACAUAUCAUGUUACUUAUUUCUUUUUAUUAUUGAAACCUUUCUCAGACAUGGACUUAAUAAUUAAAUAUUUAAAUUAAAUAAAUUAAUUACCAAUUUAUAAAAUUUUAGCAUCAUCUGAAUUGAAUUUUUAAUUUAAAUGAGUUUGCCAUGGUUGAAUCCAGGAAAACGAGGCAUUCUGGGAACUGAGUGUGUCGUCAUGAGCACGUGUCACAGCGGGCGAGUGUAGAUUGUACAUUCACAAGAGGCCUUAAAGAUGUUCACAAACAAGAGUGCUUGUGAUCUCAGAUUGCUAACAGAAUGCAAGAGUGCAGCGACAAUGAUCAAUUAGUUUAUCCUGUACAUGGACUGUAAUAUUGGAUCUGAUUAAUUGCACAAAUAGCAACAAAUUAUGGCGAUAAUUGUCCUUGAAAUUCUAUUUAUAUAUUAUAGGUUUGUACAGAGUCUGUUUGAAAUUAAAGGAAUGCCUUCAUAUUUGAUAGCUGGAAUGAUGACAUAGUUAAUGCAUAGUGACUGCAGUAUAAUGAUACAGUGAUAUGUGACAAAAGUUUCAUUUAAAUCUUGCAAAAUUGAUCCUCUCUAAAGAUCAUCAUUUUCAAUGUGUAUGUUUGCCAGUUCUCUGUGUUGAUGACAGGGCAUGCUGAUGUACUUCCCUGUGUUGUGUGAUUGUCAGUGCUUACAUUCUCACCAUUACCAUGGUUACUGAAGAUUAGUUUUGUCAACUCUUUAUGACCGUAUUAUUUAAUCAUUUGCGAACAUUGAUUAAAUGAUUUUUUGGAUAUAUUUUUUUACAUUUUUAAUUACAACUAAAUAGAUACUUGGAACAAUAGUGAAAAUUAAACCUUCGAUAAGUUGGAACAAUUCUGAGUACAUGUGUUAAUUGUGUCAAGCAAUACUGCUGCAAGUAUUUAUAUCAAGAUAUCUGCAAGUAAUAUUUUUGUAAAAACAAUGGUAACUGUUGAAGGUCCUAGCUUCAAGUUAUGAUGUUAAAAUGUUGCUGUAAGUUGGAAUCCAGUACCUUAUGAUUUUCACCGAAGGAUUUUUUUUCACACAUGAUUGUAACACUUCCAGAAAGUUUUGCCAUUUAUUCAAAUUAACAUAGAGAAAAUAGGGUGAAGAUUUUGAAAAUAUUAAAAUGAGCGUAGUUUUAUUAUAAAGUAAAAUUAUAUGAAUUUAAUAAACAUGCAAUCAAUAUCCCAGAGCUAGGUUCUACAUGUACUAUCAUGGUAUUGGAUUCUGAAAAUGUGCAGGGUACUUUGUCAAUUAGCACCAAUAAGUAAACUUAUAUUGUGUAUCAAGCGUGAUGAUGUUGCUUUAAAUUCAAUGCUAAAAGUCUGAUAAUAUAUAUCCAUCUUAGCCUCUUAUUCAUAGAGCAAGUCUGGUGAUAUAUCCAUCAUAAUGCCUGUUAUACAUAGAGCAAGUCUGGUGAUAUAUCCAUCAUAAUGCCUGUUAUACAUAGAGCAAGUCUGGUGAUAUAUCCAUCAUCAUGCCUGUUAUACAUAGAGCCAGUCUGGUGAUAUAUCCAUCAUAAUGCAUCUUAUACAAAGAGCAAGUCUGAUGAUAUAUCUAUCAUAAUGCCUCUUAUACAAAGAGCAAGUCUGGUGAUAUAUCGAUCAUAAUGCCUCUUAUACAAAGAGCAAGUCUGGUGAUAUAUCCAUCAUAAUGCAUCGUAUAUAUAGAGCAGAUCUGGUGAUAUAUCCAUCAUAAUGCAUCGUAUAUAUAGAGCAGAUUUUUGGUUGUGAUUUAUAUUUUUGUUUGCUCCUACAUGUAGGGCCAUUAGCGACAUAUCUUAAAAAUAAAUAGUGAUGACAGUUAAAGAAUAAAGUAUAUGAUGUUUUCAUUGAUCAUGAAAAGUGAAAUGAAGUCUUAGUAAUUACUGGUAUGCAUGUUUUCAAUGAUAUUUGUAUAACCUCUACCUAAUCUUUUCCUUACAACUUUUUUUUCCAGAAAGGCAAAUAUAAACCCUAACAAUGAUAUCUCAAAUAGAUUAUAAAAUACACCAGACCUGACACCUGCUAGUUUUUAUUAAUUGUAUUAAGUCUGAAGAUUUUUUGCUUUAUACCGUAAUUAUAAAAACCUUCACUGAAUCUUUGCAGACUAUGGUGCAUUUUCUAUAUCUAUGUUCUGUGUUUAACCAUUCACCCAUUGCUCGGUAUCAUAGGUGUCGUCCGCCUGUGCUCCUGCGCCAUUUCCCACACUUUGACUUGAUCUAAAAGGAUCAGCAACCUUGGACUGUAUAUUAGAUAAAAUCUUGUAUACAACUGAUUCAUCAUAGUUAUAGCAUUUUAAUACAACUUGUAUGUGACUUAAAGCAUGAACAUGUAUUUUUUGCUAUUUUCGUAUUUGAAGGCAUUUGAUCAUUUUUGUUUAUGUAGAUUAAAUAAAAGAAAAUUGUCGUUCAGCAUUUGUUACUAAAUUGUUUGUAUUUUAAAGGUAUACUUUCAUUACUUUCCAUUUAGUUUAUUUUCUACUUGUUGCUAUUCAUGCGCAUAAUUAGUAGUGUUUACAUUGUACAUUUCAUUUUGUAAAUCUCUUGACGUGACAUCUCAUUGUGAUUGAUAAUUGAUUUGGAAUGAAUGCUUAACAAACAAAAAAAACAUCUUGCAAUAGAUUUCAAUAGUAGGAAACAUUCAAAGGGUAGCCAGUCAAAGAAUUUAUUCUCGCAUUGAUUUUUGAGGAUGAAAAUUGAUCAAAUGAAUGAGCUUUUUGUGAAAACUUAAUCUAUGUAUUAAAAUUUAUAAGCAGAAUUAAUGAAUAGCAUGGUGCACACUGAUUGAUGUUAUUACGCUUCACUAUUGUGGGUACUAAAAUAUCAAGGAUGUAUAAAAGCUACACAUGUUGAGCAUCGCACAAAUCACAUUUUUUGAAAGUAUGUAUCAUUAUACAAUUUACUGUUGUGUAUUUAAAUUGUUACUGGACACAACAUUUUGUUGUUGUUGUUAAAAUAUCAUUUUUGCCUUGCAAGUUCCAUAGUAAAUUACAGUUUUCUAGAGUCAGCAAUAUCCUAUAAUAAGUACAUAUGUCUACUGUUAAUUGUUAUUGCGCAAGAACAAGACAAGAUGAUCUGUAAUUUUAAUGUUAUAAUUAUUUUAGUCGAGAUCUCCUGUUUAUCUAUAUUCUCAUAUUCUUUGAGUAUUUUGCUCGAAAAUGUAUGAUAAAUUUAAUGUUCAUUAGUUAAAAUUAAUACAAUUGGGUUUGCUUUAUAUUUGGAAAUAUUUCACAUGUAGAAAUAAUGAGUUUUUGAUGGUUCUCUGUGUGUGAAACUGUCUAUCCCCAGAAAGGCACAUGGUUACCACCUAUUUAUUAUUUAUUUAUGAUUUAUUUAAACUGAACCAUAUAAUACUCAUGAACACUUCAGUUUAAUUUUUUGUGUGCUUUCUAUUGCUUGUUAUUGUUAAAAAUAUAGCAAAACUUUUCUUUUUCCAUUAAAAUGAAGGAAGCCAGUGGUAUCACAAUUUAUACAACAAGAAUCUUACUUGGCAAGGUUUUGUGUUUAUCGAAUUAAAGUGAUAAUUUAUGUUCAAUUGUUUCCUUUCUAAUACUAUCAAUGGUUGUUAAUAUUGUUUCACAGAAAUUUCACAUUUUUCCUCAUGUUUUCCCUCCUUCUUUUGAAAACAAAGACACCAAAAAACUAUAGUUGUUUACUGGAAAAAAUCCCUUUUAGGUCAAUCACUUUCCAAUUACUUAAUAUUAAUGUUUAUUUUUUUGUUUGUGCUAAAGUUCAUAAUUAUGAAAAAAAAAGAUAUUAUAGAGACUAUGUGACGUAAUAUACUAAUCUCCAGUGUUUUACUUGGUACAGAUUAUCUUGUGGUUGGUUGACAUACUGUCAUGCAUGUAAUAAACCAUGUUGUGCGCAAAUAUAACUGUAUUGCUUUUAGCCAAAGUUCUUAGAAUAUUACUUUGAUGUAGCAAUGUGUAUGCUCCAGACAAUAUGAUUUUAUGUUAAAUAUUUAAACUAUUACUGAGCAGCUUGAAAAACCAAACUGGUUUAAUUGUUUUUGUUUAAAAAAAACAUUUGUACACUUUAUAUUUCAACUUUCAAGGAUGUGAUAAUGCAUAAUUAAAUGAACCAAUUGUCUAGAUUUAGAAGAAAGAACUGCUACUGUUUGUUUUUUAAUGAUAGUCUAAGAGCAUGCACAUUGCUAUUUCUGAUUGUUUUGUAUAUGUGAUUUGGCUAUGACUGUUAUUCUCAUUGCUGAUAUGAUAAACAUACACAACAAAAUGUUGGGUAUAUAUCAGAUUUUUUAUGAAGAAAUAUGUAAUAAAAUAUUAGUAGGAAAAGUA